AUGGUUGCUACUAAAAAUGGAUGUCCUGUUGAUAUUCAUCGAGUGUUCGAUAAUGGUCUGCUUAUAGAUCCCCAUGAUGAGAAGUCUAUUGCAGAUGCUCUUUUGAAACUUGUUAGCAACAAGCAACUGUGGGCAAAAUGUACACAGAAUGGGUUGAAUAAUAUUCAUUUAUUUUCUUGGCUUGAGCAUUGCAAGACUUACCUGUCUAAAAUAGCCACUUGCAAGCCAAGGCAUCCUCAAUGGCAGCGUAGCGAGGAUGGAGGUGAAAGUUCAGAAUCAGAAGAAUCACCCGGUGAUUCAUUGAGAGAUAUACAGGACUUAUCUCUUAACCUGAAAUUUUCAUUGGAUAUACAGGAUUUAUGA